AUGGCUAACCAGCUAACAGCGCAGGCCGUGAGCAAGACUGCACCAGGAAAACAUGGGAAUGUUCUGCCCUUGUGGGGCAACGAAAAGACUAUGAACCUCAACCCAAUGAUUCUUACCAAUGUGUUGUCUUCGCCAUAUUUUAAAGUUCAACUUUAUGAACUCAAGACGUAUCACGAAGUUGUGGACGAGAUUUAUUUCAAGGUUAAUCAUGUUGAACCUUGGGAAAAGGGAAGCAGAAAGACCGCCGGUCAAACUGGAAUGUGCGGAGGGGUACGUGGAGUUGGAACAGGAGGAAUUGUGUCAACAGCAUUCUGCCUUUUAUAUAAACUAUUUACGCUCAAACUCACUCGCAAACAGCUAAUGGGUCUCAUCACACACUCAGACUCUCCUUACAUCAGAGCUCUUGGCUUCAUGUAUAUUAGGUACACUCAACCUCCAGCUGAUUUGAUUGAGUGGUAUGAUGGCUUCAUGGAUGAUGAGGAGGAACUUGAUGUGAAGGCAGGAGGAGGCUGUGUCAUGACUAUUGGAGAGAUGCUUCGCUCUUUCUUGACCAAACUGGAGUGGUUUUCCACUUUGUUUCCUCGAAUUCCUGUACCUGUGCAGAAGGCUAUUGACCAGCAGAUGAAAAGUAGGCCUCGUAAGGUUACUCAGACGGAGGCUGUGGAAGAAGAAGCAACUAAUGUAGAACCUGGAGGACAGGGGGAACGUCACAGUUCUCGGUCUUCACGUCGAUCCCAGAGUCCUAAAAGAUCCCCUAAACGCUCAAGAAGCAGGAGCCAUCACAGAGAAAGAGAACGACGUGGGCCCAGUUUUGACCGAGAGUUGGAACGAGAGCGGGACCGGCAAAGGAAAGAGCGAGACCGGGGAGAGCGAGACAGGCGGCGCUCACGAAGUGCAGACAGAAACCAAGAGCGGCGAGAACGCAGAAAAAGCAGAAGCGGCAGCCGGGACCGGCGGACCGAGCGAAGGGACAAAGAGCGGGAUGGAGGUGAAGAUAGGAACAAAAAGAAAGACAGGAAUCACCACAAAGACAGGGCCUCAGAGAGAGAGCGAUCUCGAGACCGAAAGAACAGAGAGGACGAGCGCAGACAUAAAGAUGAUAGGGAUCGGCAAAGAGACGAGCGGAAGGCCAGGAGAUCGAGCAAAAGUCGAAGCAAGGAAAAGAAGCACAAGAGUGGUGAUGAAAAGAGUCGCAAAUGUGAGCGAAGCCACACUCGAGAGAAGGAACGCGACAGAGAACGAGAUGGAGAAGCGCGAUCUCACAAACGCAGUGGUAGUAAAGACAGAUCCCACCACCAGCAUGAGUCUAGUAAUGACUACAGUAAACACAGUGAGCGCAAAAGAAGUCGAAGCAUAGAUUGA